ACAGACAGAUGACAAAUAAAAACUCCAAAAUAGUCAUCGGGACUUACACAUAUUUUGUUUCUUUACAGCACUAAUAUACGCUGGGAGUAAAGCUCAUUUUGCUUAUUUUAUUUAAAAUUGUGUAUUUUUAUAAGUGGCAGAAAAUCGUGAAUAUUACUGGUCGCGAUGACGUCUGUGGACCCCAUGUUCGGUUGGGACUUAACAUUCAAGACUGUUGAAAAGGAUAUAAAACGAAAUUCUGAUGUGCUUGUAUCUUUUAUACACUGGAAUUUGACUAAAAGGGGAUUUCGUACAAUUGGAAUAGGCGAUGAGAGAACUUUAACCGGAGACGAGGAAAAAAGUGAACUUUUGCCAGCUGGCUGGAAUGAUAAAGAAAACUACACCUUAAGAUAUGUAUUAGAUGGGAAAUUGUUUAUCCUGCAUGGAUUGAAUACUGAUGGAAAUCUUAUUGUCAACCUUAUGAAGUGUGAAGACUUGGCAGUCUCCAACAUAGCACUCAAGAUAGAUGAUGCAGUGAAAGAAGUUAAAGGUUCUAUUGAGAAGAUGAUACCUAACCACAAGGACCUAAUGUUCAGCAUAAGACGAGACCUUAUAGACACAAUUGUGGGGAGAAUUAUGGUUACAACUGAGACACAAACAUCCAGAACUCCUUCAUCCAGAGGAUUACCAGUUGAUCCAUUAAGAGUGCCUUCCAGGCCACUUCCACAGCCUGAUACUCCAAAUCUAUGGGAGCCACCAGCGGGUGUGCCCAACAUUGGGCGAUCAGACUUGGACCCCUUCGCUCCGUUGGGUGGUGGUAUGCUCUUCAAUCCAUUUGGACCCAACCGGGACAUUGAGAACCCAGGCCUUGGCAUCCCUGGUGGACUUCCUAGGGGAUCAGUGCCGCCUGGUGCUCGUUUUGAUCCGUUUGGGCCACCUGGGGGCCCCAUGCCAGGCAGGAGACCCAAUGCACCAGAUGCAGACCACCUCCCACCCCCCGGCUUUAAUGGCAAUGACAUGUUCAUGUAACUUAAUCACAACAUCUCUUCACUAAAGAAAUAUCUUUAGAAAGUUUGCAAGAAUAAAACGAAAACGUGCUUGCACUGAAUUGUAUUUUUAUUAAUGACUGCUAUAUUUUAAGGUACAAGCUAGAGUAGUAAAUACUUGCGAAUUUUCAAGACAUUUCUACAUGCACCACUGGUUCUAAGGGGAACAAAGGUUAACAAUAAAGUUUUGUUUCAUA